CCUCUCUCGUCUCUUUGACCCUUAGUCACCGUUCCUGCCGCAAAAAAACCGAGACACACACCGUCGUCAUUCUCAAUGGAAAUCGAACAAAGCCUAGCAUCUCCCGCCUCCGCACAACAACAAACCGUAGCAUCUCCCACCGCCGCCGCACAACAACAACAACCACAAACCCUAACCGGAAGAUUCUUCAGAUGCCUCUUCGCAGAUAUUUUCUACUCGCAACUCAUCCUAAUCUCAGCCCUAGUCAUCUUACUCACCCUCAGAGGCCUACUCUUCACAAAAUCACCUAACUUCCACCCCAAGAAAUGGUACACCCCUCUCCUUUCCUCCGUCGCUCUCUCCGGACUCCUCUCUUUAUCCUGGCAAUGCCUCUUCCUCUGCAACAUAGCAGCAACAGCCAAAGCCACGAUCAUUCUCGCACCUCUACUCACAUUCUCCGUCGGGAUCUUCCUUGUAACCUACGGCAAAACGUUUGUUCCAGGGAUCGGCGGGCUACUUAUCCUCUUUAGCUUCGCUCAGGCAAUCCAUUCCUGGCUCUUUGUUACUCGUAGGAGGCGCGAGUUCACCUUCACGAUAACGGCACUCUCCACAUCCGUUCUACCUCCAAAAACGAGAGUAAUAGCUGUCGUAUCAUCGAUCUUAAGCGUCUUUUACUCUGCCUUCUUGGCGGCGGGAAUCGGCGGAGCUACCGCUACAAGAAAAGGUCUAGUAGACAUUCUUUUCAUCUCUUUGAUAAUGAUAAGCCUUGCCUGGACGAUGCAAGUUCUCAAGAACGUACAAGUAGUCGCCGUCUCGAAAGCUGCGUACGCACACUUUGCUAACUAUGACGUCAUAAACGCAUGUGAUGCUCUUUGUACGACACUGAGAAGCCAGCUCGGGAGCGUUUGUAUUGGCUCAACGCUCGUUCCGGUUUUUGUAGUCAUCAGGGGAAUGAUCCGAACUAUUAAUAGGGGAGGCAACAGCAGCGACUAGACCAUGUAUGCAAGUCAUGGGGACUGCGCUUGGGUUGCUAAUCAUAUGGUCUUAGUCGGAAACAGAUACGGGUUUGUUCAUGUGGGAGUUCACUGCAAAGGCUUUGUGCAAGCGUCGAGAGAUGCAUGGCAAGAGUUUAGGAGAACAGUUGGGUUGGAGGAGCUCGUAGAUGCUGACCUUACUAGUUCCAUCUGCUUCCUCAGCGCCUUUGGCAUUGGGGCGAUCUCUGCGUUGACUGCUGGUAUAUGGGAGUUUAAUAUUCAUAAGGACUACUUCUUUCAGCUGACUCUCUAUGCCUUCGUCAUCGGAUACUUUGUGGGGAGAGUUUCAUCUGCUUGGCUGCAAGCAUGUGUUAUGGCUUACUUUGUAGCUUAUGCUGCCAAUCCAGAAGGAGCUAACUUUGACAACACGAUUUCAGAACGUAUUGCGCGGCAAAAUGUAGAAGAGAAUAAAAGAUUAGCGGAUAAUGAAGUGAGACAGCCGGAAGAGGAACAGGAGAUAACAUACAUGUAG